AUGCAGGGGGGAGUGUUGGACCACGGGGUGUUCACCCAGAGUAGAGGGCUGCUCCUACGUGAUUCAGCGAUGCUCUUCAUGGCUCUGCUGGUGAUCUGUCUCAUAGAGAGCGCCAACAUCACCAACGACAUCUCCAACUUCAACAUCUUUAACAUCGCCUUUGAGCUUAUCAGUGGAUAUGGCAAUGUGGGCCUCUCCCUGGGCUACACCUGUCCGCCUGAAGCUGGCCCCAGCUGUGUCUCCCCUCCUUACAGCUUCUCUGGCGUGUGGAGCCCUUGGUCCAAGCUGGUUCUCGUGCUCGUGAUGCUGCUGGGGCGGCACAGGGGCCUGCCUGACAACAUCGACGCUGCCAUCUCCAUCCCCAACCGCAACCAGUUCAUUCCCGAACCUGCACUGCCUGCUGCACUGCCUGCUGCAUCUGUUAUUUUACCUGCUGCCCCACCUGCUGCCCCUGUUGCACCUGCUGUAUCUGCUACCCGUGUCGCCCUUGCCUAA